AAUAAAGAAUUUAUCGGCACUGACAAUAAUUAUACAGACUUCAUUCAACAGCUAAAAACGUCUCAGAAACGAGGACCAAAAGCUGGGGCAGCACUACUAUGGACAUGGCAAACGUGUACCGAAUUCGGAUAUUUUCAGUCAACAGAUGGACUUAGCAUUUUUGGAAGCCCAACGCCAUUGAAGUAA